AUGAUGACAAAAGGCUUGGAGAUUGCUGCUAUCUCCAAGAUGAUUGACCUUGAAUCCGCAGGAUUCGAUGGUCUCGCUUCAGCCAAGCUUGUUGAGGAGAAAGAAAAAGAAAUUGGGAAGAUGAAGGCUACACUCAAAUUGCUGGACAAGUCGAACAAAGCUAAUGAAAAGAAAGCCGCGGAUUUGGCUUUAGAGUUGGAAAAAAUGAAAAAGACUUCUAAUGAAAACAAUGCUUCCAUCCAAGCAUUGAAUGAAGAAAAUGAAAAAAUGAAGGCUGACUGCGCCCAACUGACUGCUGUGCACAAUCAAGUGCUUGAAGAGAAUGCUCAGAUGAAAACGGAAAUCGCUGAAUUGAAGAUUUCCGUCCUGGAUCAACUUGAAGCUGGCUUUUCUAAAGCAAUAACUCAAGUCACUUUCCUUAAUCCUGACUUGGCGAUCAACUUGGUGGGUACAGACCCUUAUGCUCGCAUUGUAGAUGGUAAAUUGAUCAGCCCAGAUAACGCGGAUGAGGAAGGAGCAGCAUUCUAA